GAAGGAGGGGGACAGGGUGAGAGCCAAAGAAGAGGGAGACCGAAAAGGAGCGAAUGUUCAAGCCCACAUUGGUUCCUGUUUCAAUCCUGAAUCUGAGUGCAAUGGAGGGAUUUACCAGUAGGAUUUAAUUUUGGAGCUGAAGCUCAUGAGGAGGCAGCCUAUCAGGAGAAGAUCGGGAUUCAAAGGAGCCUUGGUCUAAAUGGGUCCAGUCAUGCCUCCCAGCAAGAAGCCGGAAGCUUCCGGGGUGAGCGUGGCAAGUGGCCUAAGUCAGCUGUACCAAGUGGGCUCAAUCACGCGGGCACUCUGUGAGGCAGAGGAGCUGGAAUUGGCGCUGCCCGUGCCAGCCAUCAAACUGGAGAAAGUGGGUGGCGAGGAUGAAGAGCUGACAAACCUUAACUGGCUGCAUGAAAGCAAGAACUUGCUGACCAGCUUCGGUGACCCCGUGCUGAGGAGCGUGAGCCCGGUGCAGGAGCACGACGACGACCCGCCGCCCUCGCCCGCCACGUCCGACCUUGCCUACGACGCCAAGCACAACCCUAACUGCAAGCCACCCUACUCCUUCAGCUGCCUCAUCUUUAUGGCUAUCGAGGACGCGCCCAACAAGAGGCUUCCAGUCAAGGACAUUUACAACUGGAUCCUCGAGCACUUCCCAUAUUUUGCCAACGCACCCACCGGGUGGAAGAACUCAGUCAGGCACAACCUCUCGCUCAAUAAGUGUUUUAAAAAAGUGGACAAAGACAGGAGUCAGAGUAUCGGGAAAGGCUCCCUGUGGUGCAUAGACCCAGAAUACAGACACAAUCUCAUCCAGGGGCUGAAGAAGACGCCUUAUCAUCCCUACUCCCAAGUGUUCACCACACCUCCCACUUCUCCUCAGGCAUAUCAAAGCGUGUCCAGUCCUCCAAUUUGGCCAGGGAAUCACUUCUACAGAAAAAACAAGGGGGUCCUCCUACCAGUCCCUCAGGGAGUGAUCCGGAAUGGAGCUUGUAUGGUGAGCCCUGGCCUCUUCCCUGGAAUACGACCCCUCGCUAUCAAUCCUAUAGGCAGCAGAGCGGCCGCCGUCAGGUCAGUGUUAGCCAGCUGCAGGAUCCACGGUGAAAGUGGGCCGUCUUGCAACUCCCAGAUGGUCAGCAGCGACCCCAAGGAGGACCACAACUACAGCUUCGGCAAAUCUUCCAGCUCGACACCUGAAAAAACACAGCUAGAUGGUGAAGUGCCCGAACUCAACAUACACGACGCUCCCGCCGACGUGGACGAGGACGACAAGACCAAGAUCAAGAAAGAGCCCAAAGAGUGGGCAGUGGACGCUCUGGCCCUGGCGCAGCACACUAAAUGGCAUCAUUUAACAAAGGCCAAACAGAAAGUGGCCAGUGACAUGCUGCCGUUAAAAAAGAGGCGCACGGAGAAGCCUCCAGAAAGUGAUGACGAGGAGAUGAAGGAGGCGGCGGGCUCUCUGCUCCACCUGGCUGGUGUCAGAGCCUGUUUGAACAAUAUCACCAACCGGACGGCCAAGGGCCAGAAAGAGCAAAAAGAGUCCAUGAAAACUAAUUGACUGUGUUUUGAGAAAGAAAAAAAACAUCACUUUUAAUAGAAUUUACUAUUUUUUUCCAGGACAUCAGGUGAAUUCUACUGAUUUGUGGCAAUAUUAACAAUUACAUUGUUUUGCUAUCUUUAUAAGUAAAGUUAUUG